CAUCUGCUGGUUUAUUACAGUUUAAAGUUAUUGCUUUAUUUAUUAAUAGAUUUAUUACCAAAUUGAUUUUGGCUGUUUUCCUCAAUCGGAUGGAAAACUACACUUUCAACAGCUUUGUGCUGCAGAUGGAGGGCAUAAAUGUCACAAAGGAUUUACUUUAUACCAUAUUUUUCUUGUUAUUAACUUUCUACAUUGUUACCAUGAUCCUUAACGUGGGAUUUCUGAUUCUAACCAUUAUUGACAAGAACCUUCAUCAGCCUAUGUAUCUUCUUUUCUGCAACCUGACUGUUAGUGACAUAGUUGGAAGCUCUCAGAUCUUUCCUAGGAUGUUGUCGGAUCUUCUGAAGCCUCCGUCGGAGCGCCUCAUUGGUUAUUAUGAGUGUGUGAUUCAGGCUUUUGUUAAUCAGUGGUUUAGCAGUACCUCCCACACGGUACUGAUGAUCAUGGCCUUCGACAGGUACGUGGCCAUCUGUUAUUCUCUGCGUUACUCAGCCAUCAUGAACAACAGCAUGGUGAUGAAGCUCUCAUUGUCUGCCUGGGCAGUGCCUCUAAUUUUUGUUGUGGUUUUGAUUGGACUCUCAGUGAGACUGAACAGAUGCAGGACUCUGGUCUCCAACCCUUACUGUGACAAUGCCUCUUUGUUUAAGCUUUCCUGUGACAGUGUCGUUAUCAAUAACAUAUAUGGCCUUUUUUACACGGCGGUGCUUUUGGGGUCAUCUGUUGGCUGCAUCCUUCUGACCUACGGGAAGAUUGUAGUGGUUUGUUUUACCAGCAAGAACAAGUCAUUGAACAGAAAGGCCUUCAAAACCUGCAGCACUCACCUGGUUGUGUAUCUCAUCAUGUUCUUCAGUGGGUUUACUGCAAUCGCUCUGCACCGCUUCCCUCAGUACUCUGAAUACAGAAAAAUAACCUCUCUUCUGUUUUUUGUUGUACCCGGCAGCCUCAACUCCAUCAUCUAUGGGGUUCAGUCCAAAGAAGUAAGAUCCUUUUUAUCUAAAAUUUUUAUAUCCAACAGAAACAAGUGAGAUUGACGUUUGUUUAUUAUUUUGAUUUAUCAAAUAACCUUCCGAAGCAAGUUGUAGAAUAAGUUACUUCUGACAAUGACUGAAACAAGAAAGGUUGAAGCGGAAAAUUAGUGCUCUACAUCUAGGAGGGGCUCAUGCUGAUGGAAGCAUGUUUGAGUUUUAUAAAGCUUGAAAUCAUAUUUGCAGUCUUCUUGAUUUCUGACUCAAAAUAAGAAAAAAAAACAUCAGGUUUAAUUGUGAGAACAAAUAAUAAAAACUGACAGCUGAAUAGUGGAAAUAUGAACGUUAUCAAGACAAGGGCUUAGAAAACAUAAUACAUAAUCAGUUUAAAUCUGAUUUGCUCUUUGUCUAAAGAUCAGUUCACAGAAAAAAAAAGGCCCUAACCUCAGAAUAAGAAAGACUCUUUCAUCUUUUCUCUGUCACAAAUAAAAUUCAGUCACAGGUUGACUGUUAUUGACGUCUGACAGAGCAGACAUUGAACACAGUCAGCGUAGACUCUGGGGAACUUCAGGAAUUUAGACAACCAGGCAAAAGGAUGGCUAUGGACAUGAACUGUACACAGCAAUGGCGUUCUCCUCCAGGUCUCAGCUUUAGAGAGAAGAGCUAAUAUCACUUACAGUCUGAAGAAAAUGUGAUUAAAAAAAAAAAAAAAAAGUUGAAUUUUGCCUAAUCAGUGAAUGAUAAUCUCAGUUUUGUUCUGCCCUUUUAGAUCAUCCUUUUCAUCUUGACUUUGUUGGGUUUUUUAAUCAUUAUCUCACCUGUUUUUAGGGAAGUUCUUACACUUUAUUUGCAUCCAGCUGCCAUCUACAGCUAGAUGCAGCUCAGGACAGAUGAAACCCUGUCAGACUGAACGUAGGGCCAGUGC